GACUCGCUCGACGAACUCAAGAGGCUUUGCGACACGGCAGGGCUCGAUGUGCGCGGCCGCUGCUGCCAGGCGGUGCAGCACCCGAGCGCCGCUACCUUCGUCGGGUCGGGCAAGCUGGAGGAGAUUCGCGACUCGGUCGAGGCGCUCGCGCCGGGAGGGGAUGGCGGCGGAACGGUGGUCUUCGACGACGAGCUCUCGCCCGCGCAGCAGCGCAACCUGCAACUGACGCGACCGCGCCCCGUGCCCUUGCGGCUGCAGAUCUUUGCGCAGCGCGCGCGCACGCGGGAGGCGAAGCUGCAGGUGACGCUGGCGCGGAUGCGGUACAUGCUUCCGCGGCUC